CUUUGGUUUGUGGGACAGUGUUGUGUAGUAGAGCAGCCAGUCAGAAGCUUAGUAGGUCAGCUCAGCAUCGUCUUUACCCUCCGUGCCACUCGGCUGGGAUCAGACUUUCAUCUGUUGUACUGGGACUUGCUGCACCAAGAGGCUCCCUGCACAACUCCAACAUGGCUCUCAGGCUCCUGCCUGCUUUCAUUAUGGACAAUGAUGAGGAUGAUGAUGGCAACUUCACUAAAUGGAUGAGCAGUUACUGGGGUCACGGAGCAGAAUCCAGACACUCCAGGGAAAGAAAACGCAGUUUCAGAAGACCUUCGAAAACACUACCUGAUCGAAGAGCAUCACUCCCGACUGUGUCACAAUUAGAUGCCAUGAAGUUGAACCGGCUCCAUGCAGCGGCGAUGGCAGGCACCCCGAGCCACAUCAAAACAAGAGAGGAGAAGGGGGAGGUCCGGCCCCACCAGAGAGCUCGUCGUGCCUCCUCAGAUGACAACAGCCGCUCCAAGUCAGCCAUCCCAGAGAACCGCAUCACCACCAUCCCAGAGCUCACAGAGUCCUUCGAAAGGAGACUUUGUCUCCGUGAUAAGAAGACCAUGUCUCUGAAUGAUGACGACAAGCUGUGCCUGAUCUGUCAUGAGGACAUGCGGAUGAGUGGAGGGGGAGUCCAAGAGCUGCACUGUACACACCGCUUCCACAAAGAGGCGGCUCGGAGGUCAGAGCAGUGUCGGCCCCGCAGCGGUAGUGAGGCAGCAGCCUGUCAGGUGAGGAGACUCUCGGACGAGAGGAGGAAGUCGGCUGAUGGACCAAUCUCCACAGAGAAAGAGCAGCACAUACACCGACGUCAGCUUUCCCUGCGGAGACAUCGCUGAUAUCAUUCUGUGGAAGGAGGUGACUCAUCGAUGGAAAAGAUGAAAAACAU